AUGGCUUGGUCAAGUGUAAAUAUCAGUAACAUCACUUUGGAGACUGCGCGUCCUGAGGAUGAUCCGCGGAACGAGCGCUUGGCUCAGGUGGAAAUAGUUCUUCUGUCCAUCAUCUUCAUCACUGCGGGGAUCCUGAACUUCGGGCUCUUGCUGGUGCUGUGGAAGCGCAGGAAGCAGCUCUCCAGGAUGCGCGUCUUCGUGUUCCACCUGUGCGUCGCGGACCUGGUGGUCACCUUCUUCCAAGUUUGUCCGCAGCUCAUGUGGGACAUCACGGACAGAUUCGUCGGUCCAGACGUGCUGUGUCGCGCAGUGAAGUACCUGCAGGUGGUGGGGAUGUUUGCCUCCACGUACAUGAUCGUGGCGAUGACGAUAGACCGCUAUCAAGCCAUCUGCAAACCCAUGGUGACGUUCCAGAGGCGCCGGGCGCGCUGGAACGCUCCGGUGUGCGCCGUGUGGUGCCUCUCUCUCUUCGGCAGCCUCCCGCAGGUGUUCAUCUUCUCCCGGGUGGAGGUCGCUCACGGCGUGUACGACUGCUGGGCGCAGUUCAUCAAGCCGUGGGGACCGAGAGCCUACGUGACCUGGACCACUCUGGUGAUAUUCGUGCUGCCCAUUCUCACGGUGAUCGUGUGCCAGGCGCGCAUCUGCCGCACCGUGCACGUCAACUUCCACAUGAAGACGCAGCAGGUGGGAGAGGCGCACACCAAGGCGCUGUCCUCCAGGGCCAGCAGCGUGGCCGGGGUGUCCAAAGCCAGGGCGAAGACCGUGAAGAUGACCGUGGUCAUCGUGCUCACAUACAUCGUCUGCUGGACGCCUUUCUUCACCGUGCAGCUGUGGUCCGUGUGGGACGUGCAGGCGCCCACUCACUCUGCAAUCUUCAGCAUCCUGAUGUUGCUGGCCAGUCUGAACAGCUGUGCCAACCCCUGCAUCUACCUGCUGUUCAGCGGGAAGCUGCCCAAGAGCCUGAUGGCUAUGAUGUGCAUGAGAGAGUCGGAGCUGAAGGACUCCAUCCAGGAGGAGGCCACCAUGGUCAGCUCCCUGUACAUCAGUCUCAAGAGCGUGUCGGCCAGCAGAUAA